AUGCCUGGUAACACAUGUAUGCCCCGCCUCCCACCGCUCGACCCCGCCUCCCACCGCUCAGCGCUCGACCCGCCUCCCCCCGCUCAGCGCUCGAUCCCGCCUCCCGCCUCCCCCCGCUCAGCGCUCGACCCCGCCUCCCCCCGCUCAGCGCUCGACCCCGCCUCCCACCGCUCAGCGCUCGAUCCCGCCUCCCGCCUCCCACCACUCACCGCUCGACCCCGCCUCCCCGCUGCUCAGCGCUCGACCCCGCCUCCCCCCGCUCAGCGCUCGACCCCGCCUCCCACCGCUCAGCGCUCGACCCCGCCUCCCCGCUGCUCAGCGCUCGACCCCGCCUCCUGCCUCCCCGCUGCUCAGCGCUCGACCCCGCCUCCCACCGCUCAGCGCUCAGCCCUGCCUCCCACCGCUCAGCGCUCGGCCCCGCCUCCCACCGCUCAGCGCUCGGCCCCGCCUCCCACCGCUCAGCGCUCGACCCCGCCUCCCCCCGCUCAGCGCUCGACCCCGCCUCCCACCGCUCAGCGACCGACCCCGCCUCCACCCGCUCAGCGCUCGAUCCCGCCUCCCGCCUCCCACCUCCCCCCGCUCAGUGCUCGACCCUGUGCUCAGCGCUCGACCCCGCCUCCCCCCGCUCAGCGCUCGACCCCGCCUCCCACCGCUCAGCGCUCGACCCCGCCUCCCACCGCUCAGCGCUCAGCCCCGCCUCCCACCGCUCAGCGCUCGGCCCCGCCUCCCACCGCUCAGCGCUCGGCCCCGCCUCCCACCGCUCAGCGCUCGACCCCGCCUCCCCCCGCUCAGCGCUCGACCCCGCCUCCCACCGCUCAGCGAUCGACCCCGCCUCCCCCCGCUCAGCGAUCGACCCCGCCACCACCCGCUCAGCGCUUGAUCCCGCCUCCCACCGCUCAGCGCUCAGCCCCGCCUGCCACCGCUCAGCGCUCGGCCCCGCCUCCCACCGCUCAGCGCUCGGCCCCGCCUCCCACCGCUCAGCGCUCAGCCCCGCCUCCCACCGCUCAGCGCUCGGCCCCGCCUCCCACCGCUCAGCGCUCGACCCCGCCUCCCCCCACUCAGCGCUCAACCCCGCUGCUCAGCGCUCGACCCCGCCUCCCCGCUGCUCAGCGCUCGAUCCCGCCUCCCACCGCUCAGCACUCGACCCCGCCUCCCACCGCUCAGCGAUCGACCCCGCCUCCCACCGCUCAGCGAUCGACCCCGCCUCCCACCGCUCAGCGCUCGACCCCGCUGCUCAGCGCUCGACUCCGCCUCCCCGCUGCUCAGCGCUCGACCCCGCCUCCCACCGCUCAGCGCUCGACCCCGCCUCCCACCGCUCAGCGAUCGACCCCGCCUCCCCGCUGCUCAGCGCUCGACCCCGCCUCUCACCGCUCAGCGCUCGACCCCGCCUCCCCCCGCUCAGCGCUCGACCCCGCCUCUCACCACUCAGCGCUCGACCCCGCCUCCCGCCUCCCACCUCCCCCCGCUCAGCGCUCGACCCUGUGCUCAGCGCUCGACCCCGCCUCCCACCGCUCAGCGCUCGAUCCCGCCUCCCACCGCUCAGCGCUCGACCCCGCCUCCCCCCGCUCAGCGCUCGACCCCGCCUCCCGCCUCUCACCACUCAGCGCUCGACCCCGCCUCCCGCCUCCCACCUCCCCCCGCUCAGCGCUCGACCCUGUGCUCAGCGCUCGACCCCGCCUCCCACCGCUCAGCACUCGAUCCCGCCUCCCACCGCUCAGCGAUCGACCCCUCUUCCUGCCGUUCAGCGCUCGACCCCGCUUCCUGCCGUUCAGCAGGUCACGCUGCCCCUCCGCCCACGCCUUCCUCUCAGCGCUCGGCCGCGGAGGCUUCAAAAGGAUCCAGUCGGGUUGA